GUUUAGUUUUUUGCUGAGAAAUUCACGAAUAAUUCAUUCAAUUCUUAUGUUUUAAAUUAGUUUUACAUUUCUCUUUGAAGAGAUUUCAUAUCCGAGUUGUAUAUACAUUAUAAACAUGAGAUUGAAUGCGAGUAAUAAUAGCUUUAUUUUAAGCAAUAGUUUUGUCUUUACGUCGUGUGUAAUCAUAUUAUCGUCAAUUUGGUCAACGAAGACAUCGUUGGCUCUAAACAAUGAUAUCAUCUUUAAAGACGAUACCAAUGAUUUCAGUCAAUCAACAUGACGACAAUUUGCCGCCUGGUUUUGUAGGGGCGAGGGGUCGACGAAAUAAGCCCUCCCUUUGGGACUACAAAUUCAUUAAUGAAAACAAACGCAAUGCCGGCGAAGAAUAUAAGGCAUUCACGGAAUCAUUUCCCGAUAUUUGGACACAUUUUAAAGGGGAACCGAUCGACACGAGUGAUGAAAUCAUGUCCGCACGACUGGCCUCUGGCAAGAAGAGCGACAAUAUUGUAUAUAAAGAUGGUUUCUUAGGGGUCAGAGGCUGA